ACCCAUGUGAAAUACCAAUAGAAAAAACACAGAAAAUAAUUCAGAUAAUACAAAAAGAAAAGAAAAAAAUGAUAAUAUAAUCACAUGAAUCAGGCCAUGUGCUUGCUUACACACUCCAUGCAAAUAGAGAUCCUUUAAUUCUUCCGCAAACUUCUCUUACACUAACAAAGCAUCGUUGUUCCAAAAAUAGAUGCGCCUUUGUCUCUCUUUCAUAUCUCCAAGAAGCUUCGUCGUCUUCGGAUCUCGCAUUUCCAUUUACUUUCCAUUUUUGUAGUUCAGUUUCUGAUAAAAUCUGACUCAAGACAUAUCCAAAGAAAAGGUGCUUGUUAGGCUACGACGCGCGUCGGACAUCUUACAAAACAUUUAAUGACAAUGUCAGAAAGAUCCUCGAAGGUGGUCGUAAAAGAUAACUCGCAGGUCAACACAUCGUCGAGAAUCUAUUACUACGGCGGAGCUUCCGUGCCGUUCUUGUGGGAGACACGGCCAGGCACACCAAAACACCCUCUCUUCUCUGAAUCAUUUCGUCUUCCACCGUUAACGCCGCCUCCGUCGUACUACUCAUCCUCCUCCUCUUCCUCCGGGAACAAACUAAGCAAAGUUAGAACAAAACAAACUCGGUUCGUGAAGACCUUGUUCAACGGAAAGCAUCACGUAUCGCGUCCUUCGUUUUCUUGGUCAUCUACAACAUCUUCAUCUUCUUCUUCCUCUUCCUUCUCUUCCUCGUCUUCUCCUAGGUCUAAAACAGUGCAUCGUGCCAACAAGUGUUACCUUUCUUGCUCCAGAUCGUACGUUAAGGAAGAAGACGAGGAAGAGAUUGGUUCGUACUCGCCGACGUCAACGUUGUGUUAUAAAAGAGGAUUUAGUGUGAAAAGAGUUUUGUGUUCUAUUCUAAGCCACAAAUCUAGUCGUAAUGAUCUUAGCUUGGUGUAAUGGCAUGUUGUCUUGUUAUGGUUGUUGUUAUAAACAUAGGAUCUUGAUUUUAAAGAUCCGUUUGUUUUGUUUCUUUUUUUGUGCGAAUGUCAAAUUUUAGUUUCCUGUGUGUGUGUUUGGCUUUUGCAGCUUCGAACACGCAUAUUAGUGUUUGAAUUGUGUUCAUGUUCACAUGUUUUUAUGAUAUAUUCAGUUGCUCGUUGUUGUGA